UUUCACAUCUCCCAAUGACCAAUGAGAUUAUGAGACAAUGGUUAUCCCUUUUUUCUCCAAAAACGAAUCUGAUUUGUUCCUAAACCUCAGCAACCACAAAACAUUGUCCUAAUAUAAGACAACAAACACAACACACAAACUCAUCACUCACUCCAAACUAAGUCACUUCCACUUCAUCUUGUUUACAUCAAUGGCCAUCAAAGACAAAGAAAAGAAACUCUUUGUUUCUUCACCAAGAAACUAUGCUGCAGAACUCAAAUUUCUCCUCACAACAUUACUACUUCUAUGCACCAUUGCCACUCUCCUUCACUUCAUUCCUUCUUCUUUCACUAUCUCAGCUUCUGAUCUCAGACUAUGCAUCUCAAGAAUCUCUCAAACCCCUCCAACACCAUCACCACCACAAGCUUCUACCAUUAUCCAUGAAAAACUCACUACCAACAACACCAUCAAACGUUUCUUCAACCCUUAUGGCUCAGCAGCCUAUAACUUCAUCACAAUGAGUGCUUAUAGAGGAGGACUCAACACCUUUGCCAUCAUUGGUCUUUCUUCAAAGCCUCUUCAUGUUUAUGGAAAUCCCACUUAUGAAUGCCAGUGGAUCCCUUUCACAAACACUUCCUCAGAGAAAAUCAUCACAAAUGGUUACAAGAUUCUCCCUGAUUGGGGCUAUGGCCAUGUCUACACUGUUGUUGUUGUGAACUGCACUUUCAAUGGCACAAUCAAUGGUGACAACAAUGGUGGAAAGUUGAUGCUUUAUGCUUCAACAUCAGGUGGUGGUGACAGAAGCUUCAAUGCUACUGAUAAAAUGGAAGUUCUUGUUGAACAGCCCAAACUUUUGGAUCAUACCCUUUAUGAUUCAAAGCCAAAGUUUGAAUUUUUAUACUGUGGAUCAUCUUUGUAUGGGAAUCUGAAUCCACAAAGGGUAAGAGAAUGGAUAGCUUAUCAUGUGAGACUAUUUGGGCCAAAGUCACAUUUUGUGAUACAUGAUGCUGGUGGUGUUCAUGAGGAGGUUUUGGAGGUUUUGAAGCCAUGGAUUGAACUUGGCUAUGUUACAUUGCAAGAUAUUAGAGAUGAAGAAAGAUUUGAUGGAUAUUAUCAUAAUCAGUUCAUGGUUGUGAAUGAUUGUUUGCAUAGAUAUAAGUUUAUGGCUAAGUGGAUGUUCUUUUUUGAUGUUGAUGAGUAUAUUUAUGUUCCUCCAAAGAGUACUAUUAAGACUGUGGUUGAUUCUCUUUCUGAGUAUUCUCAGUUCACAAUUGAACAGAUGGCUAUGAAUAGCAAGGUUUGUCUACAAGAUGAUUAUGGAAAAACUUACAGAAAAUGGGGAUUUGAGAAGCUUGUGUAUAGAGAUGCAAUAACAGGCAUUAGAAGGGAUAGAAAAUAUGCUGUUCAACCAAGAAGCCUAUAUGCAACAGGAGUCCACAUGUCAGAAAAUUUAGAUGGAAACACAACUCACAAAACUGAAGGUAGGAUCAAAUAUUUUCACUACCAUGGAACCAUAGCACAAAGAAGAGAAACAUGCAAGUUGCUAGUGAAUUCUACAAAAAUCACUUAUGAAAAAAUUCCUUAUGUGUUGGAUACUACAAUGAGAGACAUUGCUGGUGUCAUCAAGAAAUUUGAGCUUAAGAUGAUUGGAUCAAGGUUGCAAAAUACAAAACAAUGAUUCAUACCUUCAAUUAUUAUUAUUUUUUUCUUUAUCUUUUCCUUUAAGGGUCUUAAAUAUAAAGUUAUUCAAUUUAUCUUUUUAUAGGAUAAAAAUCAUUUAAAGGUUCUUUCUUUUCUUUUCUGUUAUGUAUUAUAGCCACUUUUGUUUUUUUACUUUUGAAUUAGUAUAAUAAUAGAUGUAUAAUUCUUUUGUGGUUCUAAGUUAUUUUUUAUAUUUUUAUUUUUACUUUUAUUAUAUGUUGUAUUUUGUAAAAUGAUAAAUAAAGAUGAAUUGUUGAAC